AGGCGCUUCGUUAUCUGACUGGAGGACAUCCGACUGGAGUCCGGUGUGUCGUAUCUCUGCCUGUAGCUGCUGUAACAGCUCUGAGAUGAACAGACAGCCUUUGUUUGGGACACAGACGCCGCCGGAAGAGUCAGAGGAUCGUCCUCGGACGCCUGUUACUGCUCGGUGUCCGCGUACUGGGCAGUAGAUCCCGUCGCUUCCCGGUCAUGAUGAACCUGUCGUCGUUCGGAGCGGCUCGCGCCUCCGUGAUGGUGCAGAGGCACGUGCGGCUGUGUUGGGAAAUGCGAGAUACGAUGUUUGUUUUUUUCGAUAGCGUGAGGACACUUUAAAGAUAAAUACUGCGUCUGAUUCACGAGACAUUACCUGACCAGUGUGCGCCAUUGCGAUUCACCUGCCCCUCCAUCAGAUGAACGGGGAUCCUGGAUGUCUUUGGAUCAUAGCUACAGUAUGAACUGAUCUUACAAGCUCUUUUUUGUCUACCUCCUUUAAUUUAUCAUGGACUUAGAAGUCAUCGCAUGCACUCGGGGAAUGAGGAGCAUUACACUGUCCUGUUUAUGUUAUUGACAUCAGUGCUUGCUCUGAAGCUGGACAUUGUGCUCUUCUUGCUGUUUAUAAAGCAGCGCUGUCAUUCUAAGGAUCCAUGUAUCCUCACAUCCUCAUGUUAUAGUAAAUAAGAUGUUCUGCCCCUCCCUGAUAACUAUAAUACUGUGUAAUGUUUGAUCUCAAGAUGAAGGAGGUGUGUCGUAUUUGUGGACGGGAGCUCUGUGGCAACCAGCGAAAAUGGAUCUUCCAUCCUGCUGCCAAACUCAACCUGCACGUGCUGCUCUCUUAUGCUGUGGGGCAGGAGCUGACCCGGGACGGCAGAGGAGAGUUUGCCUGCUCCAAGUGCACCUUCAUGCUGGACCGCAUGUACCGCUUCGACACAGUCAUCGCUCGUGUGGAGGCACUGUCCAUCGAGAGGUUGCAGCGGCUCCUGCAGGAGAAGCAUCGACUGAGGCAGUGCAUCAGCGGGCUCUAUCGGAAAACCAAUUCAGAUGAAGGGGCUGUAACAUUAAGUGGAAGUGAUGACGGACCAGGGGAUGGGAUGGUGGAUAUUUCAGGGCUAACUCAUGCAAAGUAUUGCGCCCUGCUCCAGGAGGAUUUAGUCUACUCUUUGUAUGAGUCCUGGGCAGAUGACAGCCUGGACUGCCAACAUCACCACCAUCCUCAAUGUCCUGCUGCUAAAGGGUCAGAGGUUACAGUUGAAGGCUCACAACGGUGUACGCCCAGCACUCCCAGAAGGUGCCGGGGAUGUUCUUAUUGGCGGGUGGCAGACUCUGAUUAUGAAGCUGUCUGUAAGGUGCCCAGAAAGUUGGCCCGGAGUAUUUCUUGUGGGCCAUCAACCAGAUAUUCAGCCAGUGUGGUUGGGGGAAGUGUGACUGGAGGUGGUGCAGGUGGAGAAGGAGAGAGGAAAAAUGUGGAAGAUUCAGAAGACGUCCCCUCCUCUCAGACUCUAGUUCCUGGAUCUCAGGACCCCUCGAGGACCUCAGAUAGUGAUCGCACUUUAGCUGGGCGAGCCAGCUCAAGCCCCUCUAUAGCAUCCCUGGAGGCAGCUGAGGAAUAUAUUCAGCCUGGAGCCAUAACAGAUGGAUCCCUGAGCUCCCCAGUGGAUGCAAUAGAAGACCAGAUAUCUGACUCCCUCUCUGAGGAGCACAUGGGAGCUCCACUUGGCCAAGCCUCUCCUAGACGCACUUUCUCUCUAGCCCUCUCUUUGCUGCAAAGCUGUGCUGUCUACCGGCCAGUCCGGAGCACAAAAGGGAGCAAGCUCCCAGUCUUUCUCAGACGAAGCUCCAGCAACGGGGGCACAAGGUUGUCCUUUACCGAUCCCGUUAUGGGAAUGCCUUAUGGAAGCCCAAACGGAGAGAGAUACAAUCACACACCAACACCUGAGCUGGAUACCCCUCUGAUCAGAGUGGACACUGGGCUGGAUCAGGAUCUGAACCUGGCAGACAUGGAGAAAUUAUUUGAAGAUUUGUACAAAGAGUAUCCUCCUCCUCCUCCCCACCAGAGUCUUGUUGAAGAGCAGCAGAGCCAGCUGAACCAGUAUGAGUGUGCGGCCGGUCAGUGUGUCAGCGAGCUGCAGAAGGCCCAGCUCCAGGUCCAAUCCCUGCAGGCCAAGAUCCAAGAGAGCGAGGCCAACAACAUGAAGCUGCAGGAGAAGCUGAGUGAGAUGGAGUGCGAGCUACGUUCGCUUCGCCAGGCCUCUCAGAGUCAGGAAAGAACCAUUCAGGGCCUCACAGAGUCUCUCAGCACCAAAGACAGCGAGGCCCAGGAGCUGUACCAGCUGAUUGAAGGGCAGAACACCACACUUUGCAAGCUGCAGGAAAUAGCCCAUCACAGCCAGCUUGCUCAAAGCAAGGCUCCGGCAGGAGUUAGCGAGUCCUUGGCGCUUGCUCAGCUGCAGGGCGAGCUGGUCGGGGUGCAGAGCUCCCUGUUCUCUCUUGGGCUGGAGCUGGAGGCCAGCCAGAGGAGUCUGAGACAGAGCCAGAGGCAAGCCGAUGACCUGAUGAGGUUCAAGGAGAGACUAAACUCAGAUCUACAGGAGGCACUGCAGCACAGAGAGGUCACCGAAAAACACAAUCAGGACCUGCGCUGCGCCCUUCACAAACUUCGCACUGAGCUUCAGGCCAAAGAAGCAGCUUUAAAGGAGAGCGAAGCAGAGAAACACGCUCUGACGCAGGAGAAAGACCGGAGCGUCGCACAGCUCAAAAUCGCUCUGCAGGACAAGGAGCAACAGUUGCAGGAGUACUCAGAGAUGGCGGAAUCAACGGGAAGCUCCAAACCAAAUCCAAGAGACGCCCUGCUGGAGAAACUGAGGGAGCGCAUUAAAGAAAGAGACAGAGCUCUGGAGCAAUCCAUCGAUGACAAGUUCCGCUGUGUGGAGGAGCGUGAGGGCCAGGUGAGGAGGCUGCAGCUGGCUCUGAGAGAGAAGGAGCGAGACCUGGAGAGACUCCGCUGCAUUCUGUCCAACAACGAGGAGACCAUCACGAGUCUUGACGGUUUGGUGCGGGGUAAAGAGCUGGAGCUGGAGCAGGCAGCAGAGGCCUACAGGAACCUCCAGUGGUUGAAGCAGCAGAGCGACGAGAAGGAGAGAAACUCCCUGAGAGAGAAAGACACCAUCAUAACCCAGCUACAAGCAGCACUACAGACACGCAGCCAGGAGGCUCAGGAUCUCACAGCUGUCCUCGUCGCCAGAGUUCAGGCCGGUCCCACUGAGGUUGUGGAGGAGCUGAAGGCUCGGUUGGCUCUGAAAGAGAAACUCUUCCAGGAGCUUUUGGGAGACCGCAGCCGGCAGUCUAAGGAACACCAAGCACAGAUCCAGGAUCUGCUCAGCACUCUCAGCUCCAAAGACCAGUAUCUGCAGGACUACUCCUACAGGCUUUCCUUAGUGAUCAGUGAGCGGACUGGCCAGCUACAGGAGCUUCGCAAGCAGCUGUCAGAAAGAGAGCAGGAGCUGCAUGAACUGAGAUGGGACAAGGAGAGAGACACGGGAGGAGAGACGGAGCAUCUGCAGAGUCUCCUUAAAGAGAAGGAGGCUUUUAUCAAGGAACUGAUGAAGGCCCAGGAAGAGGCCAAGCAGCCGUUUUCCAAGGAGAGCGAGGCAGAGAUCAAGGCUCUGAAGGAAGACAUGCAGCUGGUGCUGAAAAAGGAGGCAGAGGCUCAGAAGGAGAUCUCUGCUCUGCGUUCGUCUUUAGCUCACCAGCAGUCAGAAGGAGAUGCCACAAAAGACAGCACUGAUCACAAACAUGUGCUUGAGCAGCUGGUAUCAGAGUACAACAAGCUGAAUGACGCCCUGAGGGCAGAGAAGAGGUUAUACCAAAAUCUCACUCACAUUCAUAAGAGUGACAGCAGCUCAGAGAAGAUCCAGGCCCUCCACAUGGAGUUGGAUUCAGUUCAGGCACUCCGCAGACAGCUGGAGGAGGUCCUCUCUCGGACCCGUAACACGGCCCUGCUACUGGACAGGGCAGCUAAAAGGCAGCCUGACUUUGGAGAGCUCAGCACAGAGGAGGAAGAGGGAGACGAUGAAGACGGCAGCAGUGAGGAGUUCACAGACAGCAUAGAGGAGGAUGACGAUAGCGUGAAUGCCAGAAGUUUGACCUCCGGUCAGACUUCUGUUAAGGCUCAAGGACCUGAGUGUGUGACCCGAGGGCUGGUGAGGGGGGCACAAUCCCAGAGAGCUGAUGUAAAGCAGCUCGAUGAAGCAAGGAAGACACUCGAGUUCGAGCUUGAAGAAAUAAAGUCACAGCUGGAGAGGGAUGGAUACACCUCUGUAUCUCAGAUGAGGAGUGCCCUGCAGAAGCUGCAAAGGGAGAACCAGGCCCUAAAAGAAAACCAGGUACGAGCUGGAGUGGUGGGGACAAACACAGAGAAGAGUCUGAGCCCAGAAGAAGAACAGGAAGAAGAAGAGGAGGAGGAAGAAGAAGAAGAGGAGGAGGAGGAAGAAGAAGAAGAAGAGGAGGAGGAGGAAGAGGAUACUGAGGAAGAAGAUGAACUGGAAACAUCUCCGGUGCCGGCGGGGAAGCGAGGUCCUCCAUGUGUUAGUCUGAGCAGCGAGCCAGGGAAGAGGCACUGCAUGAGGCCAUGCUCUCUGAACCUGGGCACACUGACAUCUCACCAUCUCACACACCAACCUGAAGCGGAGACAGCGGUCGCUGGUGACAGCUCUCAGGUCAGAGCGCUCUGGCGAGAUAAAGAGGAUGGCCUCCGUGAACAGGCGUCUCGUCUGCACACUGAUCUGACUCUGAGCCAGCAGGAGAACAGAGAGCUGCAAGAGAGGCUGAUGGUGUCUGAGGCCACGGUCCAAGCUCAGGCCGAACAGCUGAAGGAGUACAGAGAUCUGCUCACUGAGACGUCUGUCCAGCAGGCCAACAAGCAGGUGCAGGUGGAUCUUCAGGAUCUGGGUUAUGAAACUUGUGGCCGGAGUGAGAACGAAGCAGAGAGAGAAGACACCAGCAGCCCAGAGUUUGACGACCUAGAGAUGUGCACAUCGCUGUCCCAUCCUCAGGACUGUGAGGGUGGUGGCUGGUACGCUGGAAGCUGCAGCAGUAACAGAGGCGCUUAUGAAAUGAGGGAUGAGUCGGCGUCUCUCCAGCAUCUGGUCCAGGAUCUGCGCUCACAGCUGACUCGCUGUCACAAAGUGAUCCGUGGACUGCAGCUCCGUGUCCGGUCUUUGUCUGCGACCAGCGACUACGCCUCCAGCUUGGAGCGCACCCCCCGCAAGGUAAACUGGGCGCUUGAAAGAUCACCAGCCCCGAGUGGUGUGGAUGAGGAUGAAGGUUGGUUAUCUGAUACCCAAGGGGCUCGUCCAGGGUCCAAGCCCAGCAGGGAGCUCCAAGAACUGAUGGAACGAGUCGCGUCGCUGGAGGCUCAGUUGAAAACUACCAGAUCGGAGGGCAAAGGCCAAGCAGAAGAAGGGAAAUGUGCCACCUGGCCUGGGAAGUACAACUCUCUGAUCCAGGCUCAAGCUCGUGAGCUGUCCCACCUGAGGCAGCGGAUGAGAGAAGGGCAAGGAGUCUGUCACAUCCUGACCCAACACCUGGGAGACACCACCAAGGCUUUUGAGGAGCUCCUGCGGGCCAAUGAUAUUGACUACUACAUGGGUCAGAGCUUCAGAGAGCAGCUGGCACAGAGCACCGCCCUUGCACAAAGAGUGGUCACCAAGAUUAGCGGACGAGAACGUGUAGAGAGCCAUGACGACAAGACAGGCCACGAGUUGCUCGCCUUGCGGUUAAGUAAGGAGUUGCAGCAGAAAGAUAAAAUCAUUGAAUCACUCCACACGAAGCUGCAGCACCGUCCCGAGACCCCGUCCAGUUGCCACGCCCUCUCUGAGACUACGGACCAAUCAGAUAGGACCUCCUUGGUGUCCGAUGAGUACCAAACCAAUGAAGACUUGGAGCUGUGCUCUGAUUUGGACACCAGGGAAUAUCAGGAGGAACACCGACUCCGGCAGCCAGGACUUGGAUUAGAUCCGGAAGGCUUCCCAGAGCCUCAUGACAAGGCUCUGUUCACCCUUUCACCUAAUCAACACAACCAGCAUGGCCUGUCAAGCUACAGCCAGCUAUCCCAUCAUGCCUUUCAACCCUACCAACUGGGGGGCAUCCCUACAGGCCACUUAAUGAAGUCUGACUCAGGUUUAAUGUCAGGGGGGCCUUUGUGGGACAUGGAAAACUUCGUCGGAAGUUAUUCUGGAUCAUCUCCGCACCAACCAGGAAGCAGCCAAACAGGGGUAAAUUUGAUAGAGGAACACCUGCAGGAGGUGAGGUGUCUUCGCCAACGCCUGGAGGAGUCCAUUAGGACCAAUGAGAGGCUUCGUCAACAGCUUGAGGAAAAACUGGCCACCACUGGACGUGAUGGAGGGGCUCCAACCAACAUUUAUAUUCAGGGACUGGACACAGUCACUCAGCUGUCCAAUGAGAUCAGAGUCCUGAAGGAAGAAAACUUGGGUCUGCAGUCCCGCUUGCAGGCCAGCACAGUCUCUCCUAUGCUCUCAGACACAAGUGAGGAGGUGGUGCAAUUGAGGGAGGCGGUGUUUACAGCACGUGCUCGCCUGAAGCAAUCAGAGCUGGAAGCUGAGCAGUGGAAGGAGGAACUCAGGCGCCUUCAGGCCCACAGUCAGGAGCAGGGACAGCAGAUUCACACAUUAAGGCAGGAGCGACAGGCGGGGCAGGAGAAAACCAACAGGCUCCAGCACGAGGUGUCACUACUCCAGCAGCAGCUAUGUGAGAGCAGGGAACUGAUCCACUCCCUGCAGAGCGAACUACACGUCUAUGAUCGAGUGUGUUCCAGCACAAAGGCCAACAAAGGCUACCUGUGCGAGGUACCAGUUCUACCAGUAGAGUUGGGGGAGUUGUUGGGAGAGGUGAGGAGCCUACGGGCUCAGUUGCAAAACAGUGUCCAGGAGAACAGCGCUCUCAAACAGCUGGAGCUCCACAAGCAACUGGAACAAAAGCUGGGCGUGGGCUCACCUCGGACUCCCUCGCUCUCUGCUCUCACUGCCAGCCCUCAGAGGGAAAACUUCUACAGACGUCAGCUGCUUCAUGACCCAGCUCCAUCUCCACCAGUCAGGGACAUUGGUCUCUUUAACUGUGGAUCUCCUGGUCCUCCCUACUCAGACUUGGAUGACAGCCAUAGCACUGCCAAUGCAGACCCUCUUGAUCCACACUCUGAGCUGGAGGGGGAUGCGCCCGAUGGAUCAUUCGCGAACCGUCAUGGUCGUCACGCCAUUGGUCACGUGGAUGACUUCAGUGCUUUGCAGCAGCAAGUCCUCGAGGGCCGGAGCCUCGUCCAGCGCAUGGAGAUGACCCUGCAGGCCUGCCUCGGUCCACCAAUGCUGGAUGUAAACCAGAAACAGAGCAGCGAGCUGAUUCUGGAUUACGGAUGUGUUAGGAGUCUUCUGUCUAACACCAAGACUCUGAGGCAGAUCUUGGAGGAGGCAAUGUCUCUGCUGAAGAUGUUCUGGAGAGCAGCUCUUCCCAGCACGGAUCCCUCCAUCCAGAACCUUAAGAAGGAGCAGUGCAUGCAGGAGGAGAUCUUGUCCUUGAAACUGCGUGUGUCUGAGCAGGAAGAAGUUCUUAAGGGGACAAUACAAAGACUGAGGAGCACCAGCCGCACCAAGGAGAGCAUGGAGCACUUCAUAGUCAGCCAGCUAUCAAGGACUCGUGAUGUGCUGAAAAAAGCAAGGACAAAUUUAGAGACGAAUAAGCUGAGACUUUCCUCUCUAAGUUCCUCCUCUUCCUCUCCUUAUGCUGCUGAAGAGCCAGGAGGUGCUGCCAGAGAGCGACCUGCUGAUCGCAGUUUCCUGAAGGCCGGUGGUGCUUCUGGAGUCACUGCAACUAGGACCAGUCAGCGUACGGCAGCGAGAAAGCGCAGCAGCCAAUGCCUGCUUUAGACUUUCAAAGAACCAGCCUAAAUGCUACGACCUCUGACCUCUAUGCUGAAACAGCCAAGACCCACCAUCCCACCUUUCCCCUCACAAGCCCUGCUCUUUACCGCCGUCCAGCCAUAGAUGCUUCAGUCCUUUCCUCCUCCAGGCACUGUGUGCACAGUUCAAUCUGCACCUGGAGGCUUACCUGAUUCCCCUCACCCACUCCACUGUUUGUGACAUCCCCCACCAUCAUGUGUAUUAUUGUCUUUGAGUGAUACAGUCGGCAGUUUGCCUUGUAGUGUGUGUGUCAGAAGAAGGUGUUUAAAAUGUGCCUAUGAAGGCUUCAAUGAUGUGACGGAAGUGGUCGAGGAUGCCUUUAGAUGCCGGGUUACACAGAAAGAAUUUGGGUAUUUAUCAGGUAAAGAUUUUACAUCACUGGACAGCUUAAAGAUGCACAGCGCCUUACCUGCGUUAAAGGCAUCCCUGAGAGAGAGCCAGACAGCCUGUGGAUGGAAGAGAUGUUCAUGCAUGUUUAAAAUGGCUUGUGAAAGGAAUUCUGCACACACGAACACACACACACACACACACAUAUUAUAUAUAUAUAUAUAUAUAUAUAUAUAAUAUGUGUGUGUGUGUGUGUGUGAUCGAACCCAGCCCACUCAAAGACAAGAGAGCUUCAACUUUGACUGCCACAGAAACUCAAGUACUUAUUCUUGUGACACUCUAAUUAAAAAGGACACCUUCUUGCAAAUGCAAUGCAAAGAAAGAUGACACUGACAAUGUAUCAUUACACACAGUGGAGGAAUGUACAGUAGGUAGUCGAUCACUGCUAUUAGUUUGCUACUAGCUAUAUCUGUGUUUGUGGAGGAAGCUUAUGAAUGGUAUGUCAGACAUUAGCCGAGGCUUAGAAACAGCUGAACAGGAAGGUUCCAUUUCAGUCACAAACGUACUCUUUUAGACCCCAGAGGUGCUUUAUUGGCAUCCAACUCCAAACUGAAAAACGCUAAACAAGUCACAGAAUUGUGAAGCUGGCUGAUUCUGAUUUCCACGCUGGACUAUAGUUUGUAAAAAGAGGUUCGAGUACUCAAAUGGAACCAGGCUAAACACGCGUAUUCACUCCUCUGCAGGAGUUCUCAUACGAGCAUGUGCAAUAACAAUAUAGUUUCUUGAAUGAUUAUGCUGCACUGGGUUAUUACUUCUUUGCCCAACACUGAAUUAUUAUCAUUCACGCUCAUACUGAUGUUAGGAGACAAACGGUGUUACGAUUAUACUUAUUUUUCUCGAGUGUUUAUGCAUGACAGAGAUUGUAAAUGUUGAAAAUUUAGGCUAUGGAACAGGGGAUCGCCAAAACUUGCCAAAGUUUGAACUUUGAACUCUGUACUUCACUCUGACUUGCCUUAUCCAUGCGAAUGGCGAAACCCCAGUUGGAUCAGGUCGGAGGGGUUACACAGUGUUAAGUUAUUGGGUGGGCCUGUUGAACCACAGAGACGGUAACCGUUAGACAGCUGUGUUCAUUUUAUUUAGAACUGUGUGACAGAAAUGAGCUCCUUUAUUGGACCAAAAUAAAAACUCAACCAAGUGGCCAUAUGCUAUUGUCUUUGCUAUUUCUCUUGGUUCAGGCCAUCCUAGCAUUCCCAUGGCAACGGCAAUAUGGAUGAUGCAAACUUUGGCAGGCUGCUGGUGGGGUCGUUGUUCCAUAAUUCACUUACUUCACAUUUAGUUUGGUGUGUUUUCUUGCUGUACAUUUGCCAUUUUAUGCUGUACCCCCUCCCCAAACAAAUCUGCUUUUCUGGAUGAUGUUUUGUGUGAGUGCGUGCGUGGAAACAUCCAACAUUUGCUUUAUUGCAAAGUUGAUUACCUGGGUAGCUGUGCAAUAGCUUGAUAUGUUUUAUUUUGAUGUUAAACAUCAUUGAAUUCUGAGUGUGUUUGCAAUGUAUGAUUUACAUGCAGUGUACGUUAAGAGGUUUGUGUCACUUUGAAUCACUUAGUCAUAUAUAGGCUGUCUGCUAAGUAAACUAUGCCUUCCUGAUAUUUACGACACUGAUCACAAUGCCAUCCACCUGUAACGAAGCUCUGAUUGAUGUUGCUUUACUUGCCUUCAAAUUUUAGCUCGAGAGCCUCUUAAGUCUGCUCUCAGUGGUAGAAAUGGCCUUCGACAAGCGUCUACCCGAGUUCUGCCAAAUUAGGUUUUGUUUGCGCUCGAGUCUUCAGAAAAAAAAGACAAAAGUUGCCAAGUUUUACAAAAAGUGGUAAAAAGUUUUGAAGAUUUGUGUACUGUAAAUACAAUUAAAAGCCAGUGACUGGAAAGAUUAUGAAGUGUUUGAUUCACAGAGCACCUUAUAAGAGCGUAAACAAAGCCUUUUUGUUGAGGAGGGAACCAAUAAUGCUUUGUUGGUGCGAAGUUGCAUAUGUAUAUUGUGCUCUGAUUGGUGCAGCUUUUUUUCCUGAGUUUGUGCAUAAUGAACUAGAAGGCCGAUGCAGGACUCUUCAGGAUCCUGUCUCUGAUGAGUUAACCGUGUGUUGUGUUGGCAAAAGUAUUACCACUGAAAGAUUUUGGGAAACAAUAAAAUUAA